AUGUCCUACGAAGAGUACGACUAUGACUAUGCGUCAGAGGAGGAGUCGGCUCAAAGCCCAGCCGCGCCAAGCCAAAAGAUCGAGUCGUCGUAUGAAGAGUACUCGGAGGAGGUCUCGGACCAUGGCUCGGGCAAGUCCAAGCUGAUCCUUAUCCUCGUUGCCGUCCUCAUUGGCGUGGUUGUCGUUGGCGCCGCCGCGGCAGGCGCCGUCAUUGGCAUCAAGGCCAACGAAUCCAAGUCGAACAGCGAGACUGCGCCGGCUAUGAUUGCCGGCAACGGUGCCGGCGUCAAGGCUGCGCCCAAGAAGACCUCGGUCGUCACCACGUCCAACACCGGUGCCUCGCGCGCGCUCCAUCGUCCUAUCGACCCGGAGCUCGUCGCCCACGCCCGGACCAUGUUUGCCAACGAGCCGGUUGCCCGUGCCUUCCUCACGCUUGCGUUCAACGACCCGGGCACCGACUACUCGAAUACCCAGCAGGACUUUGCUGUCUACACGCCGGCGGCGGCGCCGCUCGAGUCGAUCAACGUGGUCCUCUGCGUUGUCGACCAGAUGAAGAUCGACUCGUUUGUCAACCAGGGCCGCUACGUCGCCCUCGUCAACGAAGACGAGUGCACGCCGAACACUGGUGGCGGCGGCAACGUCGGCGGCGGCGGUGGCGGCGGCGCCCCGUCCGGCAACGGCGGCAACAACAACAACAAGGGUGUGCAGUACAUUCGGUCCAUUGUCGAGGCGACUCGGCGUGACAACUCGUCGGACCAACUCGCCACGAUGUGGUACGGUGAGAAGGAGCAGCUUAUCCGGCUGUUUGUCCGCACUCGCGAGGCGCCGUCUCGGGCCAAGCCGUUUGGCGACUUUGUGCUGUCGUACAAGAUGAGCAACUCGAUGGACGGCUUCACCAUCAAGGGUGAGGGUUCGAUCAAGACGGUGAACGUGGCAGGCGGCGGCGUCGCGUUUUCGUACUUUCUCAAGGUCUCGGGCUCGAUGAAUGGGCAGUCGUUCACCUUUUUCGACGGCGGCGCCAUCAUCGAGUACAACAAGGCUGGGGGUACCGGCUCGACCUGGGUCCGCGACCGCCAGAUGGAUAUGAGCUCGAUGGGUGGCGGCGGCGGCAGCGGAUCUGGCGGCGGAUCUGGCGGCGGAUCAGGCGGCGGCAGCUCGGGCCCGCCGGCGUCCGGAAGCUCUGGCGGCGGUAGCACCGGCCCUGGUGGCCCUGGUGGCCCUGGUGGUCCUGGCGGUCCCGGCGGCAGCUCUGGUGGCGGUGCCAUGCCGCCCCCGCCGCCGCUCGUCGAAAAGUGGUUUGCUCUCGCGUACAACGACAAGUUUGCCGUAACCCAGCAGGGCAACACCCAGGCCGAGGUUCCCACCGACACCGCGUCGGGCAGGUGCCUCAACCUCGAGAACGAGAAGGAGUACCCGUGGGCUUAUGGCCUGUUUAACACCGCCGAUGGCUCAGUCGUUAAGCGGAACACUGGCUUCCCGUUCACCUUUACCGCACCAGCCGGCGUGACGGUGCCCAAGCUUCCGGGUGCCGGCGACGACUCGGCCGAUCGCCCGCUCAUGGGCUUUGCCUUUUUCGACGGCAUCUGGACUGAGCUCGGCGACCAGGCCCUGCCCGAUGGCACCACCAUCCAGGCGCAGACGUUCAGCGGCGACGAGGUGACCUACACGGUCUCGAUGAAGAAGACCAAGCUUGUGCGCGGCUCGAUCCAGCAGAAGGCGCUGACCGACAUUUCCAAGCUCCGCUUCGAGUGGUACCAGUCCGCCCAGUCGCGGUGGGUGGUCAUCCAGUACCUGUCGUCGGCAACGCCGGCUGGGUGGUACGUCGUCGCCACCUUUAACUCGGAGUUCAAGGAGACUGCGGUGACGCCACCGCAGCAGAUCACGCCGUCGUCGCUGAGCCUGUUCAGCGCCGAGCUCAACGGACAGGUCAGCUGGUUCUCUGGCGACAACUACGUGACGUACGAGACGACGUCGACGGUCCUGCCGACCGACACGACGUUCGGCACGACGACGACCCUCUACUGCCUCUCCCAGUGCCCGCGCGCUGGGAUCACCCAGGACAACCUCAAGACGUUUGACGGCCCGUACUUCCCGGAUCCGGCAGACCCUGCAUCGGCCAUCGAGUACGAGUACAACAAGGUGACCGGCGUGCUUUCGUUUGGCGGCAACGCCGUUGACCUUGCUGCCGGUGUCAAGAUCGACGACUCGACGGUGUUCUUCACCUUUACCUUUGGCAUCGAGUCCGGUAUCAUGGUCACCAACACCACCGGACUCACUACUAUCGCUGAUGCUACCUCGGUCGCCGGCCGUAGCACCUACACCUACAAUGUCGGCCUCCCGACCUGGCGGCAGUUCCCCAUCUUCCGCGAUACGAGCAACAACGUUGUUGUCCUCCAGGAGCCGCUUCAGCUCACAUACACCCACACGACGGCGAACGACCGCAACGGCGACGCGACCUACAACGACGUUCCUGUGCUCUUUAUCGACUCUGAUGGCGACUCGACGCUCGACCAGUUCGAGCCGGCCUUUGCCCUCAAGGACGGCACGCCGCUUGGCGGGUCGAACGAGUACGUUGUCAAGGGCCUCUUUGGCGAUGUGCUCCUCAACCCGGCGACUCCCGCCGAGUGCGAGGCUGCCGGCGUUGCGGUCAAGGCACCCGUCGCACCGGUUCCCACCUCGUACCAGGGUCAGGCAGUCUUCCCCUACGCCAACGAUCCACCGCCCAAGCUCAACGCCAAGCCCAAGGUUGUUGGAGGCGUCAUUCAGGCUACUGUCUAA